ACGCCAUUUUCUUCAAAUGUUUACCAAAUUGUGUUCCAACAAAAAAUCGGAUUUAUUUCAUUGAAAAUCGAAUGAAAAAAACUAAUUUAUUUGAUAACAUCAGUCUACAUUAUUUUGGAUACCAGCAUGAUUCAGGAAUUCCUGUUGUCCGGCUCUGUCGCCGUAACAUGUCUUGUUGCCUUGGUUACUGGCCUUGUUGUGUACUGGUUGAUACAAAAAUGGAAGUACAAGUUCCCACCUGGGCCGUCUGGGCUCCCCCUCCUUGGAAACGCCUUACAGAUGGAUUCGAAGAAGCUGCAUGAACAAGUGUUUGAGUGGUCAAAGAAGUAUGGACCAGUGAUCACAGUUAGACUAGGUACCAUGCCGCUGGUAUUUGUCAACACAAUAGAUACAGCCAUGGAGGUUUUGGUUAAAAAAUCAACCGAUUUCGCUUCAAGAAUGAUAACUCCCACUGUUGAUGUGUUCACGUAUGGUGGUAAAGAUAUAGCCUUUAGCAAUUAUGGUCCAACUUGGAAACUACACAGAAAAAUUGCAUCAAAGGCAUUGCGGUAUUACUUGCAAGGAGACGCAUUGGAGCACAGAAUACACGAUGCAGUGGAAAUGGCUUUUGUUGAAAUUGACAAAGUUUCUGGACAAUUUGAUCCAGCAGAUUAUAUCAAUUUUAUUGUUGUUAACAUUCUUACGGGACUUUGUUUCGGAGGAAAAUAUGACUUCAAGGAUAAAGAAGUGAGUUAUAUUUUGGAAUCAGAAGAUACCUUCAAUGAGAAGCUCGGGGGAGGAACAUGGGAAGAUAUAUUUCCACCAUUGAGAUACGUGUAUAAAACAGCACUUUUUAAGGAGGUGGAGGCAUUUACUGAUCAGGUUUUAGAGCGCUUUAUAAAGAAAAAGUUCAAAGAAGCAGAAUCUACAUUUAACAAAGAAAAUAUUCGGCACUUCACAGAUAACCUGAUUCUUGCUAGAACUGAAGCAGAAGAAGAGGAAGGGAGUGAAGCUGCCAAUGGUCUAGAUGAAGAACAUCUUGUUCAAACCCUUGCUGAUAUAUUCUUUGCUGGAAUAGAUACCUCAAGAUUCACGCUCAGGUUUGCCCUGUUACACAUGGUGGCGUUCCAAGACAUACAAGAAAAGGUCCAGGAAGAGAUUGAUAACGUGGUCGGUAGAGGCAGAUUACCGGGAAUUGCAGAUCGACCAAAUUUGGGUUACACAGAAGCUGUUUUACACGAAAGCAUGCGUUUAGCAAGCGUUGCUCCGACAGGACUUUUUCACAUGACGUCACGUGAUACUGAAGUUUCUGGUUACAGAAUCCCUAAAGGAACGAAUGUAGUCAUCAAUCAUUGGGGAUUGCACCACGAUCCUGACGCCUGGGAUGAAGUGGACAGAUUUAUCCCUGAAAGAUAUCUAGAGGAGAAUGGAAAGCUCGGGCCAAAGCCAAAGAACUGGUUACCGUUCUCGGCCGGAACAAGGGUGUGUCUCGGUGAAUUUGUAGCAAAGCCUGAACUGCAUUUGAUCUUUGCGAGUCUGAUGCAACGCUACAAAUGGAAAAUGGUAUCUGGACUGUGCCCCGAUAUCACACCUGCCGGAAAUGCGUUUGCACUGGGCAGUAAACCCUACAAAGUCGUUGUUGAAAAGCGUAUUUAAGAUUAUAUCAGUUACUAGAUUCAAAUGGCCUGUUUAAGUUUCAGGAGAUACCAGGGUAUUGCAGAAGUUGUGUAUUAUUGGCACUUUAGCGUGAAAUAAUGUUGAUACAAAUGAAACUUUUUGUUAAACGGCAAUGGUAAUGAGUACAACGAAACCUAUGCUUGUAUGAGGGCUGACGAGUGCUUGUAACCACGCAAAGAAUGCCAGUGCCGUUUAAUGAAUGUUUAUAAUUACCUAGACACAGUAACGUUAGUAGAUUGUUUUGGUAUAAAAUUAACAUAUUUUUAUUGGGUUGACUCAGGGUAAAAUGACGUCAGAAAUGACGUAGCUCAUCACUUGGCUGUCGUAUAACCAGUUGUUGCGUCAUCCUCCUGUUAUUGGCAUUGAUUACAUAAUUUUGUUACAGCGAUAUAGCUACUAAAAGUAAGUAAUCUCGAGAAAAGAAAUUUCAUUUCGUAUUAGUGUUAGCGUCAACGUUUCAGCAUGAAUUAUUUGUUGAUUGCAUGUGCGGCAGCACGAAGUAAAAUAAUUCGCUUUUUCCGGUUCUCUGUUUCGUUAUGUUGCGUUGUUAGUUUUGCUUUGUCAAAACGAAAUGUCUUAUAUUUGCCACCAUAGAUUUUUGCAUAAAAUGUGUAUAAUGAGAGUUUCUUUUUCUAGUUUUAUUGUACAUGUAAAAUUGUUUUGCUAUAUUUUAACUCUUACCCUGCUAAAUUUCUAUAAUGGGACUUGUCCGUCUUCCAGUUUGGACAGUACCAGUAACUGUUAAAAAGGGUGUUUACCAAAAUUAUACUGCCUGAAUAGCGAAAUGUGCUAAUCAUGAUCGGAAACUGCGGGUGUGCAGCUGAUCAUGACCUACACUAGUCGCUGAGGCAGAAUCAAUCAUGUCCAGCAUGGUAAGGGCUUAGUUUAACGUUUUAAUUAGUCGUUGUAUUUUGAGUGCAUGCAUAAAAUGAUGGUGAUAAUAAAAUACAUAAUAUACUUUUAUUUAGUAUCUAAUUUCUUAUGACAAUACAAUUAAAGUGUUUCAGUAUGGUCUGUAUACAGAUUGCAUUAAACAAAUCCAGAAUUGUUCUCUUUUUAAAGGGACUGAACUGAAUCGUGUUAAGAAAAUAUCGCACAGAGAUGAAAACUGAACGCUCGUCAGUUUUCUCAGAUUAUGAUGUAUUUGUUUUGAAAGUUGAAGCUUGUCUGCAAAGUUUUUCUAUAAUAGCUCAACUUAUGUCGGAAUAUUUAGAUACAUGUAUAAGCAAUAUAUCCCACACUAUUGUUCGACAAGUCAAACCUGUUGAGUGAAUUGUUGGUUUACACUGGCAGGUUAUUUAAAGGUUAUAUUAAAACAACAAUUAAUUACUGUUUGUUAUUUCUCAUAUUUUCAUACAUUUGAAAAGAUAGAAGUAUGUGUGAUACAACAACUGAAAUACAGUAGUAAGAAGCGAGUGAAAACUAAUUUCUAAAUAGAUUACUACUUCGGAGGCUCUAAGAGUUAAUGUAACUUGUAGAGGUAAUAU